AUGGGAUCCAUUUCCGAGGCGCUCAGACCAGCUCCGUACGGCCCCGCUGUCCACUUGCCGGCCCCGUACCCGGAAAAGACGGAGUUCCCCCUGUCCCUGGCGGCGUCCCACCAGAAUACCCAUGUAGCGGCUCUUGUCGCCGAGGUCGAAGAGCUUUCGUCCAGCGGCAAGCUACGAGUUCUAUUGGACAAGCACGGAGCCGUCUAUUUCCAGAAUCUGGGCCUGGAGAGCGCCGAGCAGUUUUCUCAGUUCGCGCACGCGUUCGGCUGGACGGCCCACGAGGAUAUUGGGAACCCCGUUCGACGCACCAUCCACGCCAAGAACGUGGCAACGGCCAACGAAGGCCCCAACACGCAGCCAGUCUAUCCUCAUAAUGAGUUUGGGCUGAGCCCGCAUUCCCGGCGUAUGUAUUCUUCUACUGCGCAUCGGCGCCAGAGACUGGGUGUCAAAUAUCAACUAUUCUAUCCGAACGGACCCCGUGACCAGACGUCUUCUGCGGGAACAACGCUCCUGCAGGCGUAUGGCGGGAAAGUCUCGGACAGCGACGACACCGAGACGGCUCGGGCCAAGAUCGAGACCGAGGUGAAGCGCUUGGCGACCGCGCAGUGGGUCUGGGAAAACCAAUCCGACAGCAACCCGCUCGGGGACCUGAGAGUCUGGCAGCAUCUGCCUGGAGACACAGCAUUUUUCAACAACGUAGUGUCCCGGUUCCUGAACGCGAUUGACGCCGACACCUUGCAGCCACCUCACAUCAACAAGGACGGGAAGUACCAGCCGCCGGCGUUUUAUGGCGAUGGCUCUUUGAUACCGAGAGAAUUCCUCGAUUCGGCUGUUGAGAUUAUCAAGUCCGUUAAUCAUGUCGUGCAGCACGGGCGAGAGCCUUGGACCGGGUAG